ACAGGGCGAAGGAAAAGAAAAUUUGCGUUUUAAUUCAAUCGUUCAUCGGCGUUCGUUUCGCCGCGCUGUCUAUCGACCUCGUUUUUCUCACGUCGAUUUAUUUUAGUAACAAAGCUUAACAUCAGGAUUAUGCGGAUUGUUAAAUAAAAUGUGAAUUUGAAUAAGUUUUAAGUCCUUAUCAACUAUGAUGAACGAACAAGUUUCAAUGUUUGUCAUAGUUUAGUUAAAUUAUCUAGUGCCUAGUGAUUAUCGACCUCAUUCAUUCGACUGUUUAUGUUUAGUAAACGGGUAUCUCGAAGUUUGUUUUGCAAACACAAAGCUUACCCGAUCACAAUCGAAUUAUUAAUAGUGCGUGUGCAUUGCGUGGUGUGCAGGUGGUGUCGUGUCGUGUCAGUUAUGCUAGUGCAGUGAAAUGGGUGCGAUGGGCAGAAUGUAUAAGAUGGUGGUGUGCCUGUGGGUGGCGGCCGCAGGCUGGGGCGGCGCGGUGGCCGAGAUCGGCAGCAACAUGAACAACAUCUCGGGCAGCAUGCUGCGGGACCUGACGGACGUGCUGGGCAUGGUGGAGGUCUCCUACUCGGAGCCCGUCAUCAAUGUGUCGUACGUGGCCAGCGUGCAGUUCGACAUGCGCGCCAUGGGCCCCGUGUACAACUCCACGCACCUCGUCAUCGACGCCAUCGCCAACAAGCAGGCGUACCCUGAAGGCAUGGUGACGGUGUCGGACGGGCACGCGUACGUCAAGCCGCUGAAGGAGGAGUGGCGCGCGCUGCUCGUGCACUACGCGGGCCCUACCGCCGUCAUCGUGGUCGCCGUGCUGCUCAUCGCUAUCCUGCCCCUGGCCGGCCUGUUCUGGUGCUGCUGCUACUGGUGCCGCAUGGGCAGGCGGCGGCGUCCCUUCGACCGCAAGUACGACGCUUGUCUCAAGGGAAUCCUCGCCAUCAUACUCAUCGGACUACUCACGCUCUUCUUGUUCGGCGUAGUGUGCGCGUUCGCGACCGACUCGCAGGUGGAGACGGGCAGCGCGGAGGCGGCCGACUCCCUGAAGGCGGGCAUCCGGGAUGCGCGCGAGUUCCUCAACGCCACUCAGGCGCAUGCGCGCUGGCUGCUCGUCGUCAACUACAGAGAGCUGGAGAUCAAGCUCAACUCCAUGCUGUACAGUAUCGGCGUGACGGCGUCGGUGAAGCUGGGCGAGUUCUCGCGCGCGGUGUCGGUCACGACGCUCAACAAGCUGGUGCAGCAGCUGGACGGCGUGCGCGAGCAGCUGCGCAGCGUGCACGCGCUCACCGCCACGCUGCGCGCCAAGGCCGAGGAGCUCAACACCGGACUCCGCAAGGUCAAGAACCAGCUGCUGCAGACGCUCGCCAAGUGCGACCAGCCCAAGUGCCGCGCGCUACAGGACAAGUACAAGAUAGGCCAGCUCGACACCGAGAUACAGUACAGCCAGAUGCCGGACGUGACGGAGUUGCUGAACAACGUGUCGGCGCUGCUGGACAGCGACAUCAAGAGCGAGGUGGCGGCGGGGCAGCAGGUGUUCAGCGACAUCCAGCGCGGCAUCCAGCGCUCCGUGGACCGGCACAUGCCCGACGUCUCGCAAGCCAUCGCUGACAUCGGCAAGAAGUUGGCGGGCGUGGCGGACGAGAUCACGUGGAUGGCCGGCAACGCCAGCGCCGUGCUGCAGCGGCAGGAGUCGAGCGCGGCAGAGCUGCGGCGCCUGCACGCCACCUACGGGCCCUACCGCCGCUACGCCGGCCUGGCCGCCGCCAUCGCGCUGCUGCUGAUCACGUGCCUGCUGGCGUGGGGGCUCAUGUGCGGCGUGUGCGGCAAGCGCCCCGACGUGUACGGCGCCAGCGACUGCUGCAACAAGGGCGCCGGCUCCAAGAGCCUGCUCUGCGGCAUGGGCGCCAUGUUCCUGCUGGGCAGCGCCGUCACGCUGGUGCUGCUCGUCUACUUCAUCGUCGGCGUCGCCACACAGCGCUUCGUCUGCGACCCUCUCACUGAGCCGCGCGACAACCGUCUGUUCGGCGACCUGGAGGAGCUGGUGGACUUCGAGAACAUGCUGUUCAACGAGCGUCGCGACCCCGACUUCAACAUGACGGCGGCGCUGCUGCGCUGCCACAACAACCAGACCAUCUACCAGGUGCUGCACCUGCACCGGCUGGUGAACCUGUCGGAGACGAGCGCGGCGGUGCGCGGCUCGCUGACGCGGCACGUGGCGGCGCUGCGGCCGCUGCUGCCGGCCGAGCGGCCCGUGGCCAUCCUGCGGCCCGCCGCGCGCGACAAGCUGCGGCGCCUGGCCGACAGCGGGCUCUCCGACUUCGACUUCGAGCGCAUCCUGGCGGCGCUGGAGACCAACAUGACGACGCUGGCGCUGGACUCGCUGGCGCGGCAGCUCAACAGCACGGCGGCGUCGCUGCAGCGGCCGCUGUUCGCGGAGGAGGUGCGGUCGCUGCGCAGCGCGUCGGCGGCGCUGUCGGCGCUCAUGCACGACGUGCUGCGGCCCAUGCUGGACUACUCCGCGCAGCUCAACAGUACGGCGACGAAGCUGCGCGACGGGCUGCGCUUCAACCACUCGUCGCUGAAGGACGCCAUCACGUACCUCAUGCACGAGACCAGCGAGGCCGAGGUCUUCCUCAACACCGAGGGGCCCGACCGCGUGCAGAACAUGACGGCGGGGCUGGCGGACACGGUGGCGCUGCGGCUGGAGCAGUACGUGCAGCGGCUGGCGGCGGCGGCGCGGGAGUCGGUGGGGCGCUGCGGGCCGCUGUCCAACGCCUUCAACGCCACGCGCGACGCCGCCUGCAGGAAGAUACUCAUGCCCGUCAACGGCUACUGGAUGUCGCUGGCGUGGUGCGUGGUGCUGCUGGCGCCGCUGCUGCUGGUGGCGGCGCGGCUGGCGCGGCUGUACCUGCACGCCGACGCCUACCCCGGCCCGCUCGUCGAGGCCGAAUAUUUGUAUGACGCGUACGCGGACCGCGAUAACGUACCCCUUGCCAACGCCUACAAGGUGGAGAAGCGGUCGUCGCGCGAGCCCGCGACGGGCGCAGCUCGCCCGCGCCCGCGCCCGCGCGCCGCCGCCGCGCCGCCCGCGCCGCGCGCCGCGGUGGCGCCGCCCGCUGACCACUACCACGCGCGCAGAUAUAAUGAUAUGGCGCCAAAGCACUGGGAAGAGGGACCUCCCCGCUACCUCGGCUCUACUGAGUACGAGCGACCCCCUCCAUACUACUAUCCCGGACCAAAACGGCGUCGCUCGGCGGGCGCGGGCGGCGGCGGCUGGGCGGACUACUUGGCCGAUAGUCCUGUAAGAGCGAGCUCGAGAGACGACAUGACAGCUGUGCAGUUGACGCCGAAGCCCCCGGCCGGCAGCUGGGCGGAGUACCUGGGAGCUAGUUCGGGCGCCCCUAGACUCAGAAGAGCGUUUAGUAUGGAGGACGUACCUCCGCCGCCGAGCAAGGAACCCGCGACCAGUUGGGCGCAGUACUUGGCAGCUAGCGAGAAUUCCCUGAGUCCUCCAAUGUUCCCCCCCCGCGCGGAGCAGCGAGCCGAGCCGUCCGCGCCGUGCGAGCCUGUCACUAGUUGGGCAGAGUAUCUAGCCGCUAGUCCUAGCGCGCCAGUGUUCCCGGCGGCGCGGCGGCGCAGCGGCGAGCCGGCCCCGCGGGGCACCGCCUGGAGCUGGGCGCGGUACCUCGGCGGCCGAGCGAGCGAUAGACAGUAAACUGGCGCUCACGGAACUCGACGAAGACCUGCUGAAGUACUGAGGUGUCCCCCCCCCCGCACACACACACACACACACGUGAAGGAACAACACACAGCAGACAACUUUGAGCAGAAUGCUGCAGCCGUCACUGGCAGUCACACGUAACCGAUCGAUAUUUGACGGAGAUGAUCAAGUUUAAAUGAAACCUUAUAUACAGUGAUGACUACACUAUUCUGUCCGAGGUUACUGUAGCGUACGUAGUAACGCGUUGCGGGAAAAUUACUAUAUUUUAAAUACAAGAAUGAUUCAUGUAAUAGUGAUAAAUGAAGUGCAAACUCAAGUUUGAACAAGUAUUGUAUACUGCCGCUCAAGAGCGCUGAAUUGUGAUUCACGAAGUAUGUGACAUACGUACACACUGCCUGCCAACGAUAGGGUUGCCAUUCACUACUGUAGCUUCUAUUACAUAUAUGGGAGAACGCGUAGAACAUUCUCACAAUGUAAUGAAGGGCUGUAUGCAACCCUGCCAACAACUUGUGAUGAACAACUUUAUUGAUACGCCGUAGUUGUAAUCAAAGUACUAUUGUAACGUAAAGUUUUAGUCUGCAAUGUAAAUAGUAUAUGUAUAGAGACGUGCGAGUGUCGGCACUGCACGUGCGAGUGUCGGCACUGCACGUGCGAGUGUCGGCUCCGCUCAGUCACACUCCCACAUUAUACUGUCGGCUCAAGAUUAUUCGUAGAAUACGUUGAUAGCGAUCUCAGGGUCGUGUUGGCUUUAAUGAUUUACAGAAUUAUAAUCUUUAUAUGUGUUGUUGAACGCGGAUCACGUUGACCGCACAAAAUGUAUUUGAGUUUGAAAUCUAAGAGAUUCAAUUUAAGUUAGGAUUUACGUAUUAUUAUGUAGGUAUGUAAGUUUGGUUCUCUCAUUUUCCUACUCUUACUGUAGGUGUCCCAAAGUGAUCAUAUGUGAAAACAAAUGUCGGUGUAGUCGCGACAGUGAUGUGUCGGCGACGCUAGAGUUAAGUUCACACGUACACAUCACGUUGGCGAGAUUCUAAUGCAUUUAUAUUUAAAUUGAUAUGUUAAGUAAACAAUUGUACACUCGUUAGCGUACCGAGUCGCGUCCCUGACGUGCCAAACUAUUGCGCUAGUCGACACGUAUAUUAUGUCGCUUUACUGUAUACCUGGGCGAUUUUUUAGUUCAUUUACAUUUUCUGUGUUAGUUCAUAUUUACGAACAAUUUUCUAUUCACAUGUACGUCUAAGUUCGGGCAAUGUAUAAAUUGUCCGACAUAUACUCUGUUCGUAAAUCUAGUGCUAGCAUUAUUAUCCUAUUUAGUAUAAUUUUGUGAUUAUUGGACAUUUAUAUUUUAUUUUGUAAGGUCAGAGUACGAGACGUUCAAAUAGUCGAUUCGUGUAAACCUUUCGUGUCAUAUCGUUCGUAAGUGCCGUUUAUUGUGUGCAUGGCGAGUGGGAGCGUGCGUGUGUGAUACCAAAUAUGUGUCGUCCGGGUGUCGAGCUGCCAGCCUCGGCAUCCGGGGCUGUGCCGAGCUGCCGGCCCCGGGCCCCCGGGGCUGUGCCCGGCGUCCGCGCUCAGGGCCACGGAUGCGUGUAGUCAAUUAGGGUAUAGGUAUUCUCAUAUUAGUAUAAUUAUGUAUCUUACAAUAGUACUAGCGAUAAGUAGAGGUCACUGGCGCCACAUCGCGCAGUGCCGCCGCGUCCCGCGUGCGCGCCUGUCCGCGCGCCGUGCCAAGCCGGGCGCGGCCCCGGGCGCGGCGCGGUGCCGGGCGCGGGGGGCGGCGCGGGUGAGGCGCGCGGGGAGGGGUGUGUCGCGGCGUGCGCGGCGCGUGUCGCGCGGAGGCCGCCGACGUGUCAAAUAUGAAGGAACACGACCGAUGCGUUCACUUUUCCUGCUCACUUUACCGUAGAUGACUUCCUUUUGGAAACUAUUUGUCAAAAUAUUUACUAGUAUUUAGUUAGAGCCGCCGCUCGAACUCAGAUGGAGCGCGGCCGGUGCUAGCUCGUCACCGACGCUACGUUACAUUAUUUUUAGCCAUUUUAUAUUAUUUUACUGAUUGAGAUUUGCGACGUACUGGAUAGAGUUAGUGAAUGUUAAGAUAAGCUAGAGUUAACGUAAUUCCAAUGUAAUCUUUAAACCGUAGUAGUGUAACCAAAAAAUAAGGUUUUGUAAGAAUGUGCCGCAUUACGCGAAGGCUGUGCGAUCAUCACGGAGUGUAACGACGAAUGUAAAAUAAACAAAAUUUAAUUAUCUCCAA